UAAAGCGGAGGACGGACGUGCUGCCCCCGUCGUCUCUAAGGGGGAUGGGUCAGGCAGAGGGCGACGCGAAGGGACGUCGGGGCGCCCUCUCCCUGCCCGUUCUCAACUGCCUCAUCGUAGGCGCAGGACUCAGGGGCGCCAUUUCGGGCGUGGGGGUCGCAGAGGCGACGGUAGGAAGGGAAGAAACUCCCAGGCCUCUUGUGUAUAGUUAGCCCCGUAUUAAACUGCAAAAAACACACAGCUGCGUCGUCUUUAAGCGGUUGUUGUGGCUACUCUGCCCUGUCUCAUAAUAAGCAGCGACGACGUAGGCCUCACAGGACAGAACUAUAUCAAGAUAUCCCACCAACAUGCUGGCCUAUUGUAUAUUCUCCAGAUUACAACAUUACAUUUAUGGGACUGGAGAAACUACAUCCAUUUGAUGCCGGAAAAUGGGGAAAAGUAAUAAAUUUUUUGAAAGAAGCAAAACUAAUUGCAGAUGACUUGAUUGUACGAGCUCGAGAAGCAACUGAAGAAGAUCUUUUAGUUGGUCACACAAGAAACUACUUGAAUCGAUUAAAGUGGUCAUUCGUUGUGGCUACAAUUACAGAAAUUCCACCUGUCCUUUUUAUGCCCAAUUUCCUUGUUCAGAGAAAGGUACUAAGGCCCCUAAGAACUCAAACAGGAGGAACAAUAAUGGCAGGGAAGCUGGCUAUUGAGAGAGGAUGGGCAAUUAACGUUGGUGGUGGCUUUCAUCACUGCUCAAGCGAUAAAGGUGGAGGAUUUUGUGCAUAUGCAGAUAUCUCAUUGGCCAUAAAGUUUUUAUUUGAAAGAAUAGAAGGAGUUUCUAGGGCAACGAUCAUAGAUCUGGAUGCGCAUCAGGGAAAUGGCCAUGAAAGAGACUUUAUGGAUGACAAACGAGUGUAUAUUAUGGAUGUUUACAAUAGAUAUAUUUAUCCAGGAGAUGGAUUUGCUAAACGAGCCAUAAGGCGGAAAGUUGAAUUGGACUGGGGCACAGAAGACACAGAAUACCUUCAAAAAGUAGAAACGCAUGUAGAAGGUGCAUUGAAUGAAGUGAAAUCGGACAUAAUCAUUUAUAAUGCCGGAACUGAUGUUUUGGAUGGGGACCCCUUGGGAGGCCUGGCUAUUUCACCUCAGGGAAUUAUUGAACGAGAUGAAAUAGUUUUCAGAGCUGCAAGAACGCACAGAACUCCUAUCUUGAUGGUGACCUCUGGAGGCUAUCAGAAGAGGACAGCACGGAUUAUUGCAGAUUCUCUUCUCAAUUUGCAUAGCCAAGGGCUUAUUGAAAAGUAGCCUGCAUUUGGUGAAGCUGGAAAUGUCAAGGUAGAAAUUAUGAGUAGAAAAUAAAAAGGAGAUCAGCUAACUUGGCACUAAAGUAUGAGAAUAUUGGGGUUGUUGUAUAAUACUAAGUCAGGUCUUAAUUGUUUAAUAUUUAAACCAAGAGACAAGAAAUACCCCAGUUCUUAUGGAAUUAAUAUAUUCUACUAGGGACUGAAUGGUGACAGUCAAUGGUCCCACAAAGGGUACUAACAUAUAAUGUAUUUCUCACUCUCUCUUCCAGUGCUAUUAAAUGCUGCUUUGUUAGUUUACUAUGGACAUUAAUUCUGGAGUUGGGUAUUUCUUGCUGUUGUCAGAGUAUAAACACAUUAAUAUUUUCUUACCUCACAAUAGUCUAUUUAUUUAAUUAAAAAGCGAAUCAUGUAGUAUCUGAAAAUGUUAACUUACUAUUUUUAUUUGUAAAAGUUACAGGCAGGUUAAUUUUUCAAAAGAAACUCAAGGCAGCUAAUAGAUCCAAACUUCACGCAUUUUAAGUAUAUCACAAUUCCCAUUCCUACUCCCAAUCAUAAGGCCAAAAUAUCAAUGGGGAAAACUAAUCAUCAUCAUCUCAAAACAGCCACAACUGAAACAAUCUCAGAAAUAAACCAGAAUAAAUAAAACUGCUGGCUGGAAACCUUUUUAAACAGCUAUGUUUUUGCCAGCCACCUGAACAGCAAAGUGAUGGAGGAGGCCUGAAGAUAGGUGUUCCAUAGGGUGUGUGCCGCUACAAGAAACAGUCAUAGUCCUGCUCAUCAGCAAUCAUACUUUACAGGGUCGAGGGAUCUGGGGCAGGGCUUCAGAUGUUCAUGAGCAGAGCUUGUAGGGAGAAACAGAAAAGAAGGUGGUUCUUCAGGCAACAUGCCAUUUUGAAUGUUUCAUUCAAAGUGCAGUUAUUUGUUCAGGUGGAUAAGAGAACCUGUUUAAAACUGGCACCGUAAGUAUAUUUUAGGUCUCCCCAACUAUUGCAAACAUAAGAAAGGGAUGGUAUGUGGGCUUGCGUGUGUGUAUUUGCAACAUGGGAUGCUGUUUCCCCUCUAGCCAUUUCCAAGUAGAUUUUUGGCAGAAAAGCAGCAAGUCUGUAUGAAUGUGAAGAUUUGGUUUUUUAUUUUUUUACAGUUAACGAUUCUUCCCUUUAUUAUUAAUUGAUUAUACCUCGAUUAUGUUAUAAUGCCGGUAGUAAUUCACAUCACAAAGUGGUAAAUACUGUUCUUUAGCUUUAGCUCCUCUUCUGAUAUCAGAAUAUAGUUCAAAAUUGCAUGCAAGGAUCUGUGCUUGUGCAGCUGCCAGAUGAUCAAUGUACUUCCUCCCCAGAAUGGUAUAACAAACUCUUGCUAUCUGAUUAUUGUUUUUUGCUUGUCGUUUGCAACUGAGAAUCUAGAGUUAUGUUAAAUACUUUCUUAUCUACAGAAGGACAUGAUGGGCACAAUACAGAAAAAGUUAGAAUUGGCCAUGGAACCAAAAGUGCAGAGCUAAAAGCUCCAUUUAAAUCCCACAAAAUCUACAGGAGGUGCAUUUGAGUAAUCCAGCUGAUUUCAUUAGGACUUAAAUGGCAAAAAACAAACACAUUUUUCUGGAUUGUGCUUAUCAAGAUUGGAUUAUCCAGGUAUUCUAUUUUUUAAAAAAGAAGCAUCAAUGUGAUAGUAUCUGUAACAGAUUUUGAUUGCAGAUUUCCUAUUAAUGUUAUGUGGUACUACUGUAUAAUAUUAUGAAUUGUGAUGCUCUGAAACAUAGGUAAAAUUAUUAAAUCAAAACUAAAGUGAUGUAAAAUAGAUGAAAAUUAUGUCAAAUAUCAGUUUACAUUUUAUAUUUUUUUUAAAAAAAAUUCUGGACAAAUAUGGGUUGUAUCCAAUGUCCUACUCAGAGUAGACCCAUUGGAGUGAAUGAACAUGACUAUCAUAGAAUAGUAGAGUUGGAAGGGGCCUAUAAGGCCAUCAAGUCUCAAUGCAGGAAUCCAAAUCAAAACAAUCCCAACAGAUGGCUGUCCAGCUGCCUCUUGAAUGCCUCCAGUGUCAGAGAGCCCACUACCCCUCUAGGUUAUUGGCUCCAUUGUCAUAUGGCUCUAACAGUUAGGACGUUUUUCCUGAUGUCCAGUCGAAAUCUGGCUUCCUACAACUUGAGCCCAUUAUUCCAUGUCCUGGACUCUGGGACAAUUGAGAAGAGAUCCCAGCCCUCCUGUCUUAGGUUCAUUCACUUCAGUGGGUCUGAGUAGAACCUAGUUGAAUACAACCCUAUUUUUUCAGAGCCUGCACUACGUUGCCUUUGCUAAUUCUUUGCAAAUAAUUUCAGCUGACUUUGAGCAAAUGCUUAAACAAAAAGGUUUUUUUAAUUAUUUCCUUUUAAAAACAAACAAACCCAAAACCCAGUUCUUGGUCUAGACUCCUGACGGCAUUGCUCUCAGCUUCUUCAACACUCUCAAACCCCCGCACCACGUUAAGGUGUGCAUCCUAGAGGGGGUGCGUAAUGUUAAGAUGUAAUAAAAAUAUAGUGCAAUCCUAUAUGUAUCUACUCAGAGAGAUAAAUCAUACUGAGUAAAUAGGGCUCACUUCCAGGUAAAUAGGAAUACGAUUGCAACCUUAAGUUCAGUUAAUAAGAGUUUUCAACUUGAGCCAGAUAGUUGUAGAAAAAUUACCAACUUGCUAUGAAUGUUUUUUUAAGUGGAUUUGACACUCUGGAUUAAUAUUGAAUAGCAAUACUAUCAUUUGCACUUUCCUCUAAUGAGAAUGUUUAAAGCACUAUUAAAAUAUUGAGAUGCGUUUUCUAUAUUGUCUAAUGCACUAUCUAGAGUUGUUAUAAUUUGCAAUAAUUUUUAUAA